AUGGCGACCUCCACCGCGGCCUCCUCGCUCUCCCUCCUCUUCUCCCACCCCCACUCCCGCCAACCAUCCGUGCGGGGGCCCGCCGCCGGCUCCCACCUCCGCCUGCCUCCCCGCGCCAGCCCCAGCCGCCCGCGCUGCGCCUCUUCCGACACGACGGCCACGAAGCACCGCCGCCCAGCGGAGGAGAACAUCCGCGAGGAGGCGGCGCGGCUCCGCGGCCCGGCGCAGGGCUUCUCGGCGUGGUACGAGCCCUUCCCGCCGGCGCCCGGAGGCGACCCCGACGAGCGCUACUCGCUGGACGAGGUCGUCUACCGCUCCAGCUCGGGGGGCCUCCUCGACGUGCGCCACGACAUGGAGGCGCUGGCGCGCUACCCGGGCUCCUACUGGCGCGACCUCUUCGACUCCCGCGUCGGCCGCACCGCCUGGCCCUACGGCUCGGGCGUCUGGUCCAAGAAGGAGUUCGUGCUCCCCGAGAUCGAUUCCGACCACAUCGUCUCCCUCUUCGAGGGCAACUCGAACCUCUUCUGGGCGGAGCGCCUCGGCCGCGAGCACCUCGGCGGGAUGAACGACCUCUGGGUCAAGCACUGUGGCAUCUCCCACACCGGUUCCUUCAAGGACCUCGGCAUGACCGUGCUCGUCAGUCAGGUGAACCGCCUCCGCCGCGCGCCGCUCUCGCGCCCCAUCAACGGUGUUGGCUGUGCGUCCACGGGAGACACCUCUGCCGCGCUCUCGGCCUACUGCGCCGCCGCGGGAAUCCCCGCCAUCGUGUUCCUGCCAGCGGACCGCAUCUCGCUGCAGCAGCUCAUCCAGCCAAUCGCCAACGGCGCCACCGUGCUGUCUCUAGACACUGAUUUUGAUGGCUGCAUGCGGCUCAUUCGCGAGGUCACUGCAGAGCUGCCAAUCUACCUUGCCAAUUCGCUCAACUCGCUUCGCCUCGAGGGGCAGAAGACAGCGGCCAUCGAGAUAUUGCAGCAGUUCAAUUGGCAGGUGCCGGAUUGGGUCAUUGUUCCAGGAGGCAAUCUUGGGAAUAUCUAUGCAUUCUACAAGGGGUUUGAGAUGUGCCGCGUUCUUGGACUUGUUGAUCGUGUGCCACGCCUUGUCUGUGCACAGGCUGCAAAUGCAAAUCCGUUGUACCGGUACUACAAGUCAGGCUGGACUGAGUUUCAGCCACAAGUUGCUGAAACUACAUAUGCAUCUGCGAUACAGAUUGGUGAUCCUGUAUCUGUUGACCGUGCGGUGGUCGCGCUGAAGGCUACUAAUGGUAUUGUGGAGGAGGCUACAGAGGAGGAGCUAAUGGAUGCGACGUCUCUUGCUGACCGCACUGGGAUGUUUGCUUGCCCACAUACUGGGGUUGCACUUGCUGCUUUGUUUAAGCUCCGGGAUCAGCGUAUAAUUGGGCCUAAUGACCGCACUGUGGUUGUUAGCACAGCUCAUGGGCUGAAGUUCACUCAGUCAAAGAUCGACUACCAUGACAAAAACGUCAAGGACAUGGUUUGCCAGUAUGCUAAUCCACCGAUCAGUGUGAAGGCUGACUUUGGUUCUGUGAUGGAUGUUCUCCAGAAAAAUCUCAAUGGUAAGAUAUAA